UAAACGAAGAAGAAUUAAAUGCUGUAGCAGGCUGUGGCGUUGCUAAUGCGGCGUUUUGUUUUGUGUUUUUGGCGCACAUUCAAAUUUUAAUGACUGUUUUAAAAUAACACAAGUUACGUAAAAAGAAGAGGAGCUUCCGCUAAACGUGCUGUGAAGAUGAAGCUCAACAUUGAGGGUCUGCUGGUGUAUUUUCCCUAUGACUACAUCUACCCCGAGCAGUACUCCUACAUGCUGGAGCUGAAGAGGACGCUGGAUGCCAAGGGUCAUGGAGUCUUGGAGAUGCCAUCGGGAACAGGGAAGACCAUCUCUCUACUGUCCCUCAUUGUGGCCUACCAAAGGGCUUUCCCUCUGGAGGUCACCAAGUUAAUUUACUGCUCUAGAACAGUUCCAGAGAUCGAGAAGGUUGUGGAGGAGCUGAGGAAGCUGAUGGAGUUUUACACUAAAGAAACAGGAGAGAGCAACAACUUCCUGGCUCUUGCUCUUUCCUCCAGGAAGAACCUCUGCAUCCACCCUGAGGUGAGCUCUCUGCGCUUCGGUAAGGAAGUCGAUGGGAAGUGCCACAGUCUGACAGCAUCGUACGUCCGCGCACAACAUCACAGCAACCCCAACCUGCCCGUCUGUCGCUUCUACGAGGAGUUCGAUUCAGUCGGCCGACAGGUGCCUCUUCCUGCUGGCAUCUACAACCUUGAUGACCUCAAGGCCUUUGGCAGGAGGAAGGGCUGGUGUCCUUACUAUCUGGCUCGCUAUUCAAUCCUGCAUGCCAACAUUGUGGUGUACAGCUACCACUACCUGCUGGACCCCAAGAUAGCUGAUCUGGUGUCUAAAGAGCUGGCAAAGAAAUCUGUAGUGGUAUUUGAUGAGGCUCAUAAUAUCGACAACGUGUGCAUCGACUCCAUGAGCGUAAAUAUCACCAGGCGAACGCUGGACCGCUGUCAGACCAACGUGGACACUCUCCAGAACACCAUACACAAGAUAAAGGAGACGGAUGCUGCUAAGCUGAGGGAGGAGUACAGACGCUUGGUGGAGGGGCUGAAGGAAGCCAAUGUGGCGAGAGAAACCGACAUCUACCUCGCAAAUCCGGUGUUGCCUGAUGAAAUCCUUCAAGAGGCGGUGCCUGGCUCUAUUCGUACAGCCGAGCACUUUGUAGGUUUCAUGAGACGCUUCCUGGAGUAUCUGAAGUCUCGUCUGAGGGUCCAACACGUCGUACAGGAGAGCGCGCCGCAGUUCCUUAAAGACAUUUUCGAAAAAGUCUGCAUCGACCGCAAGCCUCUAAGGUUUUGUGCAGAGCGGUUGCAGUCGUUGCUUCGAACUCUGGAGAUCGCCGACAUCGCAGACUUCUCAGCUGUUACUCUCAUCUCGAACUUCGCCACUCUCGUCAGCACCUACAGCCAAGGCUUCACCAUCAUCAUCGAGCCCUUUGAAGACAGAACUCCGACCAUCGCCAACCCCGUGCUGCAUUUCAGCUGCAUGGACCCGUCUAUAGCCAUCAAACCAGUUUUCCAAAGAUUCCAGUCAGUCGUCAUCACCUCAGGGACACUUUCCCCCCUGGACAUCUAUCCCCGCAUCCUUGACUUUCGCCCGGUUACCAUGGCGUCCUUCACCAUGACACUGGCGCGCACCUGCCUCUGCCCUCUGAUUGUUGGCAGAGGAAACGACCAGGUGGCCCUGAGCUCCAAGUUUGAGACCAGAGAAGAUUUCGCUGUGAUUCGGAAUUAUGGUAACCUGCUUCUGGAGAUGUCUGCGAUCGUUCCCGAUGGGAUUGUGGCGUUUUUCACCAGCUACGUCUACAUGGAGAACAUCGUGGCGUCCUGGUAUGAACAGGGUAUCCUGGAGAAUAUCCAGAGAAACAAGCUGAUCUUCAUCGAGACUCAGGAUGCUGCAGAGACGAGCAUGGCCCUGGAGAAAUACCAAGAGGCGUGUGAGAACGGCCGAGGAGCAAUCCUCCUGUCUGUGGCCAGAGGAAAAGUGUCUGAAGGGAUCGAUUUCGUGCACCAUUAUGGCCGUGCUGUCAUCAUGUUUGGAGUGCCGUAUGUUUAUACGCAGAGCCGCAUCCUAAAGGCUCGGCUGGAGUACCUUCGGGAUCAGUUUCAGAUCAGGGAGAACGACUUUCUGACGUUUGACGCCAUGCGCCACGCGGCUCAGUGCGUAGGCAGAGCCAUCCGAGGCAAAACUGACUAUGGACUCAUGAUUUUUGCUGACAAGCGUUACGCACGAGCAGACAAACGUGGGAAGCUACCCCGCUGGAUUCAGGAGCACAUCAACGACGGCAGUCUGAACCUCACUGUGGACGAGGCCGUGCAGCUUUCCAAGCACUUCCUGCGGCAGAUGGCUCAGCCUUUCAGACAGGAGGACCAGUUGGGUUUGUCUCUGCUGACUCUCGAGCAGCUGGAGUCGGAGGAAAUGCUGCAGAAAAUCACUCAGAUUGCUCAUCAGACCUGAAGGUGACACGAACCGUAUGACAUUGUCACCACAGCAGCACCAUAAACCGAGUCAUCAGCUGUCACCAGACUAGGGUUAAAUAUGGGUCGGCUCUAAAAGGGCAGGUCCACCUUAACUUUAGGAAGGAAAAACUCAGAAUUAUGUUUUAAGUGUCUGUUUUUCCCCAAGUGGUAAAAAUACUGUAAAAGUAUUUAAAGUAUUUUCAGCUCUGCUGGUGACAGUAAUGACUUCUGACAGGAGAGCCGCUCCCACACCAACGAUGUGAGCCUCAGUCAAAGCCGCUCAUGGGUCAGUCAGUAUUUAAGGUUGCACUCGGUCUGCAGAGUAGACCAUCUGCAGACCUUUGAACCACUUAAGUACAUAUUUCAGUACUCUGUUCAGCUUUUCACUGAAGUACGGAGCAGUAAACUUAUUUUCCCCUUUAUUAAUCAAAGGAAGAAGCCUUUGCUUCUGCAGACGCACAUGCUACAGAAAAUCCAGCAACACACUGCAAAAACUCAAAAUCUUACCAAGUAUAUUUGUCUUAUUUCUAGUCAAAAUUAUCUCAUUACACUUAAAAUAAGACACAAUCAGCUACAGGGCAACAUUUCAGUAAGCUAAAGGAACUUG